GUGGUGCAUUUCCACAUCGAGGCAUACAUGGAAAAUACAAGGAAUUACAGGCAAGCAUUAUUGAUCGAAAGUUCACUUGAAUAUUCAGUGUGGGGUACGGCAUUUCCACAAAUAGUAGGGUGGAUUCAAGAAUGAACAAGGAAAUAUUCUUAUGCUUGCCCCAGUUCAUAAUGAAAGUCUAGAUGAUUUUCGUCAUCAUUCUUUUACAAUAGCUGGCUUCGCCUCAGAAAAGAAGUCAUACGUGACAAUAAAGAAAGAAAAUAUUAUAAGGGGUCGAGGUGGAGGUGGAAGCGGAGAGGCAAGGGUGGACGUUCAGGUGCAGGUGAAAGCGGAGAGGCAAGGGUGGAUGUGCAAGUGUAGGUGGAAGUGGAGAGGCAAGGGCGGAGGUGCAAGUGGAAGCAAAGAGGUUUAUAAAAGCAACGAUGAGUACAGGAUGUCGAGGAGGGAGGUGUGUCAGAUACCAACAUUCCCUCUAUGUUCACCAACAUCAAAGAAGAAGAAAGAACCAAUGUAUGUGAAGCGAGACCCACCUAAGAAUGGGUUCUUUCAGCUGCCUGAGCUUGAGGCUCUGUUCACCAUAGAUUUUAAUGGAGAGAAUCUAAAGAUUUUAAUGGGAGGGAAAGAAAAAGUUGCUUAAAAAAAUGUCCUGGGGGAAAUGUCCCACCC